CUUUUGGCUCUGCUCUCUCUCUUCAUCACGGGUACCAUAGAAUAGAUGUAAGAUCAGGAAAAUGACUUUAAUCUUAUUCCAACCAGCGUUCAUAUUGUGUUUUGGCGUUUGUUUACCCAUUAGUAUUAUGAGUGAAGAUUAGGUAGGAUUUAUGUGGAUAAAUUACUAAAUUACACGGGUCAGAGGACCGUGAAGUAUUAUUGUCUGUUCUCUUGUGUUACUGUAAACACAAUAUUUUUUUUUAGAGUAAGUUUGAUAAAUAGGUCAUAGGAGUUGAGGCACCUCUGAGAAAAGAGUUAUUCAGUAAUGGCCAAAAUAAUAUAUAUGUGUGUGUGAGUGUGUGUGUGUAUGUGUGUUUAUUCUCUACACAGCAUCAGUGAGUGAGCGUGUGUGGGUGUACCGGCGGUGUCUGUACUGCAACAACGGGGAGGCGGACGUCCAACUUAUCCACCAGUAUAAUAUUACCUCAGUUCCUCAGCCUUAUGACAACCUCUUCACAGAACAAGUGAAAACCUUGAGGGGUCGAAAACUGAGGAUCGUGUCAGUGCCUUACUUCCCUUAUAUGGACUUUGAACGUCGCACCGAGGAGCCCGGCGGCAUCAUCAACCCAAAGGACUCUAUAGAUACUCGUUUGAUUUAUGCCUUUGCGUCAGCACUUAAUUUUACUUUCGAGAUACGCGAGGAACCUGAACGAACAUGGGGCUUGGAGAUAAAUGGCAGUUUUACCGGGAUGAUAGGUCAGCUUCAACGUGAGGAGACCGACUUCUGUACCAUAGCGGGUCCAUCGCCAGAGCGCUUGAAAGUUGUGGAGUAUUUAAGGGGGUAUCCUUCAGAUCUGAUGACUGUAACGUCUUUGAAGCCCUCGCUGCUACCACAACACCUGUCGCUUAUUAGACCAUUUGAAGGAGAACUUUGGUUAGCGCUUAUGGUGAGCGUGGUGGCGUGGGGUGGGGUUAUGUGGAUACUGCAGAGGACAUGGCGGUGGUUCGCAGGCGGUCGUCGUGUAGAUUUCAGCACCACACUCUUGUAUGGCUGGGGCGCUCUUCUGGAGCAGCCUCCCCCAGUUCUGUCUGUCAGUAAUUCAGGAAGGCUGUUGGUGGGUUGGUGGCUGGUGUUCUGCCUGGUCAUCACCACGGGCUUCCGCUCAUCACUAGUCGCGCACAUGACAGUCCAGGGGAAGACGCUGCCUAUUGAGACCUUCGAGGACAUGGUGAAACAAGACAACUGGAAGUGGUGUACUGAGCCCUGGCUACUUAAAGGCAUGCUGUUUGAUUAUUUUUCCAAACACACCGACCCUGUAGUGCAGAAGCUGUACAAGCAUAUGGAGAUGCUUGUGGCAGACGAAGCCCUGGAGAGGGUACUGGAGGGCGGCUUCACACUAGUGGACUUUGAGAACUAUGUUAACAUUAUCGUGGCCUCUCGCUAUACCGACGCCCGUGGCUACAACCCUUUCUACGUCAGUAAGAAAGGCGUCUCCGUCAUGGCUGCCUUUGGAUGGGGCAUGAGGAGAGGGGCACCAUUCUAUCCUCGGUUUAAACAGUUGAAAUCACGGCUGGAAGACACUGGUAUUAUAAGUUACUGGAUUGAGGAUGUGAUCGCCAGGCGCGUGAGGGAGAACAGGGCAGCUGCAGCUAUGGACGUCAGAUCUGCCAAAACAGACACAACACAGGACGACAACAAGGUGCCGCUUGGACUACACCACAUGCAAGGUGCCUUCUAUCUGUUGUUUCUGGGCUACGUGGUCGCCUUACUCAUCCUAUUCGGGGAGACCAUCUCCCACAACUCAGAUCCUCGCAUCAGUACCACUUUUCUUACCACUAACAAAACCUGAGGCCAGGUCUUGAAGGUUCAGGAGACAUGGAAGCUGUGAAAACAAGGAUUUUUUUUUAUAUAUAAUAUUGGUAUGAGGUACAAUCAAAUCAAUUGAAAUUGAGAUGUAGUUGAAUUUCUGCGAUGGAAUAUGAUCUUGACUGAAAGGAGUCGGAAGCAGGUCUUUAAGUUAUCUUCUCUUGUCAUCAAACUUAAUUUUCUUCCUUAUUUCCUUUAUUUUGAGCAGUUUGUCUAAUCAUUAUUCUGUAGUAUUAAUAAAUAUAACAAAUGAUUUACAUAUUUCAACUGCUCAUUAAUACAUCUUUAGCAUCGUCAAGCAACUGUUCGGACACAGUAGUUGUAUCAAGUCCUUAACGACUGCACUCAGUUUGUAGUUAAAUGAGGAACUUUUGCCUUUGAUUAUUGAAUGUGAGAGUAAGGUCAGUAAUCACUUAAGGAAACUUAAGGUCGAAAAAUAUUUCUCAAAGAACACAUAGACUAUUCAAAAUUAUUCAUAUAUGGGGCUCGCUCAUACAUAAUUUAUCGACUUGAUAAAACUGUCCAACUCGCCUAAUUCUCUGUGCUAUACUAUAGGAACCUCUGACAAAAAUUAUCGAAAUGUCUGGUCAUCCUCUUAAACGGAAGGUUAAGGAUACGUUUAUCAGCAAACUAAAUAUUCAAUAAAGGCCUACCAACUA